AUGAAUAAGACUAGGCGUAAGAUUAACCCUAAGCCUAAGCCUAAGCCUAGGCUUAAGCCUAAGCCUAAGCCUAAUCCUCAGCCUAAGCCUAAGCCUAAAUAUAAGCCUAAGCCUAAGCCUGGUCGUAAGACUAAGCCUAAGAAUAACCGUAGUCUAAAGCCAAAGCAUGAGCCUAAGCGUAGGCUUAAGCCUAAGCCUAAGUAUAAG